GGGCGGGACCGGGGCAGAUGUGUGUGAAAGGAGCACCGCGAGUUCGCCGUCCGGUUUUAGAGCAGGUCUUCAAGUGACACUCGCCGAUCCGAAGCAACCCACGCACACCAAAGAUGUCGUUUGCUAGCGAGCAGCUGUACAACGGCUACCUGCGCACCAACAUGCCCACCAUCGUCACCAAGGUCAAAGUGCGACAGAUUGUGGUCCACUUGCCGUGUCUUACCGACUCCGACCGGGAGGCGAUCGAGGCCAAGCGGGAGAUGUGCGGCAACUUCAACGGCAUGGUGCUGCUGCUGGACUGCCUGAAGAGGCGCGACAGCUGGCCCGAGCACUUCAUCCGAGCUCUGGAGAAGUGCCAGGAAGGCGCCAUGGCCGCCGAGAUCCGGGCCGAGUACGACAAGCUCCUUGGCGCCGGCGAUUCCACCCCGAGCUCUCCUCCGACCAACGCGGCGAUGGCUCACAUCCAUCCGGCGCCGCCCCCCUCUCACCCCCCCGGGCCCGAGACCGGCAGCCCCAGCCAGUCCGCCGCCGCUUCUCCACCCUCUCCCGCUCAAGCCGACCCUGAAAAUGAGAUCCGAACUCCCGCUCCCGCCCCUGAGACGACGCCCCCGCCCUCGCCCCCACGAGGGGCGACCCAAAACCAUCCGGACCACCCAGAACCGACGGAAAGCUCCGAAUCCGACAUUGCGGAUGUUCAAAGGACGCCCGAAGAGGUUUCGUUCCACUGCGACGCGACGCCCGAACACGACCAGGCUGCGGAAUCGUGUGAAAUUAUUGAAAGUCCCGACGAUGCGGACGUGACCGACGCCCCCUUGACCCCCAAAAAGCCCCCCGUGCAGGACAGCGCCCCACCUGUGGAGAAAAUCCCGCUCGAUGAUAUUUCCGAAGCUCUGGACGACACACAGAUCGUCGUCGAGAACUGUACGGCCGCAGGAAGUACACCCGCAAGCCCCGCCUCUCCCGACGCCUCCUCGGUGUUUCUGAGCACGGCCCGCGCACUCGAUCCGAACUCCGACGCCACCGUUGCCGGAUGGUCGACAGAGCCGUAUUCCGGUGACACGGACCGCUUGGAAAUAAGCAAGGAUCAGGACGAAAACCAUGAGGACGAGAUGCGGGCGCACGUCUCCCAGCCGGCGGUCAACGGCGACGCCCCCGCCAAAGAACCCGCUAGCGUCCGGGAGCCCGCUUCCACGACUUUGUGCCCCGAGACCGAGAAACCGGCCCCUCGUGGCGCGCUGGCCGCCAACGCCAAGUUUGUGGCGACGGCGGCGGGGGUGGGCGUCUGCGCGCUGUUGCUGGCGUGGAAGUUUAAGCAUUGAGGUUCGGUUUUUAAGGCCGCGUUUCCCCCAACCACUUCCUGAGCCUUUACACUCAAAAAGUCUCACUGCACAUCACCGGACAAAAAUGUCCCCUAAAAUCUGUACGCACAAAUAAUGAUUUUGUCUUAAAUUGCACACAUAUUUACGGUUUGGUUGAACACAAAUUCUAACCCCCCCCCCCCCCCCCCGCUUGAUUUUUCAAAUGUCAAAUACCUCCACUCCAUUCUAGAAAAAGAGAUGCGAUUUUAUCCAGCGUCUUUCUUCUGCCGACACAUAACUACACGUUUAAACCGUAAAAAUAUAUCCAUAAAAAUGAAAAAACUCCAGUGGCUGGAAUUUAUCCCACUUGGUUGUCAUGAGGCUUUUCCUUGCUGCGACAACGGGGCACUCUAAAUGCCACACCAUGCUAGGACUGAGAGCAAUUUAUUGCUCAGUUGUUGAGAAAUAGCAACAAACUAGCAACAAAUGGCAAUCCCGGAGC